AUGACCACCUUCAAUCUGCACUUCGUUCUUACCAAUCUGCGCGGAAUCGUCAUUGUCACCCCGUGGCUGUUGCAUCUGCUCGCCACCGAUGUGCUUCUCUCGCUUCUUCUCCCUUUGUCCUUCGUUGCACCCACUGCCGCGUACCACAUCUCUUCCCGUCUCGCCGACCUCGUCUGGCGAGGUAUUCAAUUCAUCUUUACUCGUGUGAAUGGAGCUCAAAUCUCCGUUUCCGGCACUCCUCUGCCCCCAAAGGAAUCUGCGAUCGUCGUUUCCAAUCAUGUUUCCUGGGCAGACUUUUACCUCAUUCAACAUCUUGCCAUCGGCUCUUUCAUGCUCAGUCGCUGUCGUUAUUUCGCAAAGCAGCAGCUCAAAUGGGUUCCUUUUCUCGGUUGGGGUUUGUGGGUCAUGGGUAUGCCUCUGAUUUCCAGGCGUUGGAACAAGGAUCAGAAGGAACUCGAUCGCGUCUUUCGCGGCCCGAAAGUCUAUCAAUGGCCAAUCUGGCUCAUCAGUUACAGCGAAGCCACACGAUACACAGCUCAGAAAUAUCUUGAGACUGUCCAGUGGUGUCAGGCCCAUGGCAAGCCUAUUCCACGGUACACUCUCUAUCCCCGAACCAAAGGUUUUGUAACUGCCGUCAAGGCUUUGGGAACCUCCAGCAGUGUCAAGGCUGUUUAUGACCUGACGUUGGCUUAUGCCCAUCAAGGCCGAUUCUUCGAGGCACCUGAGAUGUGGGAGACACUCUCUCGGGGAGAUCUGAACAAGGAUUGGCGAUUUCAUGUUCAUGCUGAGCGAUUCGAUAUUGCCGAGUUGGCCGGAAAGAGUGAUGAAGAGCUAGCUUCCUGGCUGGAAGGACGCUGGAUGGCCAAGUCAGCUCUUUUACAAGAGUUGAAGCGAAAAUUGGAAGAUGGUCAACAAUGGUCUGGUCAUGAAUCGACGUUUAAGCUCAAGGGAAACUGA